UCUUCUAAUUCAGAUUCAUCAUUCUCUUCCAUCUUUUCCUUUGCAUUUUCAUUUUCCCUUUUCCAUUUCAGAAUCCCCUUCUGGGUUUUUCUCAUCCACCCCUCUUUUUCCCCAAAAUCCUACCUUUUUACUUUCCAAAUCUUAUUAAUGUCUUUCUUUUUCUUAAUUAUAAUGCUCGGAAUGCUCAAUUCUUCACUCUUGCUCUGCACUGUACUGUUGAUCAUUUUUGGGAUUCAACGAAUUUUUUUUUCAAGGGCGCCACCUGCAACAUUUCCUCGAGUUGCAGAAAAAAUUCCGACCAUCACUCUUCCUGAGGAUGCUUACGUGAAGAAGUUCUAUAAAAAGUAUCCGGAAUCCAAAAGCCAUGACCCCAUUAGGUUUCAUGCUUUUGACCCUCCUCCAUCUCGUAUCUUUGCCUUGAGGGUUCUUGAAUUGAAAGAGCAUGGUGUUAGUGAGGAGCGAGCAAUGGCUAUAGCUGAUAUGGAAUAUCUGACAGAGAAGAAGGCGAAGAAGAAAGCAUAUAGCCGUUUGAAGGAAAUUGCACGUAUUCAAGGAAAGAGACCUCCUCCAAACCCAUAUCCUAGUGCUAUCAAGGAGAUACAAGCUGAGGAGAGGAAAUAUGUUCGUGAUCGUUUCUUCAAUCCCAAGAUGCUCGAAAUUGUGAAGCAACAGAAAGCCGAGGCAAUGGAGAGAUUCAAUGCGCGUGCUGGUGGUGAUUGGUGACUUUUAUGGGGGAAACUUACACUACAUUCAAUCUCUGCCUCUCACAAUAAUGUGUAUCAUUCAAUCACUGAAAGCUGCCUAUUUCUUCCCUCAUAUGAGGUGAAUAUUUACUUGUUGUAAUAGAUAAAUUGCAAUAGAGCAUUACAAAACUUCAUGUGAAGGUCAUUUCUUCCAGGCUACUCAAGUUUUGUUAGAGCAGCAAAUACUUGCCUUGUGUUGAGCUCUCUCUUUUGUUGAAUUUGAACCGUAACUAGUUUUUCUUGGAGUGCCUUAGCACUUGUCAUUA